GGAAAAUGGCAGACAGUUUUUCACUUAAUGAUGCUUUAUCUGGGUCUGGAAACCCAAACCCUCAAGGAUGGCCUGGUCCAUGGGGAAACCAGCCUGCUGGAGCAGGGGGCUACCCAGGGGCCUCCUAUCCUGGUGCCUACCCUGGCCAGGCACCUCCCGGCGGCUACCCUGGCCAGGCACCUCCCGGCGGCUACCCUGGCCAGGCACCACCCGGCGGCUACCCUGGCCAGGCACCUCCCGGUGGCUACCCUGGCCAGGCACCUCCCGGCGGCUACCCUGGCCAGGCGCCUCCUGGCACCUACCCUGGCCCCACAGCACCUGCUUAUCCUGGCCCAACAGCACCAGGAACCCAACCCGGGCAACCGAGUGGGCCUGGGGCCUACCCGCCUCCUGGACAACCAAGCGCUCCGGGAGCCUACCCUGCGGCUGGUCCCUUUGGCAUCCCUGCUGGACCACUGACUGUGCCUUAUGACCUACCUUUGCCUGGAGGAGUCAAGCCUCGCAUGCUGAUAACAAUUCUGGGCACAGUAAGGCCCAGUGCAAACAGACUUGCUCUAGAUUUCAAGAGAGGGAAUGAUGUUGCCUUCCACUUUAACCCACGCUUCAAUGAAGACAACAAGAGAGUCAUUGUUUGCAAUACCAAGCUGGAUAAUAUCUGGGGAAAGGAAGAAAGGCAGGCAGCUUUUCCAUUCGAAAGUGGUAAACCAUUCAAAAUACAAGUGCUGGUUGAAUCUGACCACUUCAAGGUUGCGGUCAAUGAUGCCCAUUUGUUGCAGUACAAUCAUCGGAUGAAAAAUCUCCCGGAAAUCAGCAAACUGGGAAUUUCUGGUGACAUAGAUCUCACCAGUGCUUCAUAUGCUAUGAUAUAAUCUUAAAGGAGAAGAUUUAAAAAAAAGAGAAUUGAAUAUUCAUUUAAACUUACACAUGUAAACUUCAUGUUUCGACUGAAAAAUUUUACCUUUAUUCAUCACUAUCCUUCUUGUAAAUCAUCCAUUUAAUAAACAUUCUAAGAGUU